AUGCGCUCCGACAUUCCCCCACACUUCGCCGAGUAUGAAAUCACCCUUUUGUUAUCUACGCGCGAGCCAGAUGUGAUGCUCUCUCUUCUUUCCAAUGCCAUCGAAGCUGCUGCCCACGAGGUCAAACUAGUCGUUCAUGUCUUUUCGCACACCGAACAAUUCGAGAGCUCCUUGCCCGUUUCCGUAUCGCUUCAUCGUCAUUCUGGACGGAUCACUUCCUCGUUUACCUCUGACUUCAAAGCUGAAUGUGUGUAUAUUUGCGGCCCAGAAAUAUUCGAGCGGGAGGUUGUCCAGGGUGUGUCGGGAAGGCGCGGUGUUUCUUGA